ACACACCCCGACAACCUUCCCACGCAGACCUCCCAUACAUAACUUCAACCAAGCUCCACAAAAUGCAAAUCAGUAUGUUAGCUGAGGGUGAGUAACCCCGAACCGCCUCAAAGUUACCGAAUUAGUCACUAAAUCGUUCCACAGUGAAGACACACCACUAUUUCUCAACAAUUAAGCAUGUUAGCUCAGGGGAAGAGCGCCGGGCUCAUAACCCGGAGGUCCUCGGAUCGAAACCGAGACAUGCUAAUGACCUUCUAUCCUUUUUUGCGCUUUUUUUUUUUCUUUUUGAGUUUUUUUUCUUUUCUUUUUUUUUUUUUUUGUGGUGGUGGGUGGUGUAUUUUGGCGUGGGGCGUGGGUGGAGGCAUUAGACGGGUGAGGGUUUGGUGCUCACGUGGUGAAGCCACUAGAAGAACGGAAUUAAAUACUGAUGGAUGAAUCAAGAGGUUCUGGACUUGUAGCGCAUUUGCAUGCAGUCGUAU